CUUCUUUUUAAUUUCCCAAACAGGAAGUGUCGUCACGAUAUGGCGGACUCGUCCGCCCGUGCAUUAUUUAAUAAUAUAAUUUCACCAAGAUAAACUCUUUCAAAGAAAAUAAUUCUUCAGGCAGCAGUUGAACCUACAUACACAGAGUAAAUUGAACUAUUACUAUGUACCGUCAUUACGACAGCCAAGUUGUAUCUAAGCGUCAGUACAACGAUUCUAGCCAUUCGUCCCCUCUGAACCAUACAUCGACAAAACAUAAUUCUAGCUCGCAUCUGGGGGCAGUUACACUUUACAAUCAUAGCAAUGAACGAUUCUCUGAUCUCUAUCCUAAAACUAACCAACAUAGACUCUGUAGUCUGAAUUUAAAUUCAGGAAACAUGAACCUCAACUAUCCAUUAGACAGGCACUUCAUGGAACCAUUCCAAAACGCUCACACUAAAAGUCUAUAUCCCCGUCAGCGAACACUAUCCAGGUAUUCUAGUAACCUGGACAGGGGUUCAUACAGCUACCAGACCCCUAAGUUGACGGAAUCCACUCUAACGUAUGAUGAGGAGUCCCAUGGCAGUCACAAAUUUGGGUGGUGCAUCACUCAGAUGUCCAAAUGGCACGUGACCUUGCUCUCUGGCUGGGCCAACACCCACAUGAUAGACUGCUACUUUAGCCUGUUCACUGAAGCUCCAAUCAAAUACUUCAACACUAAGCACGUGACGCACAAGUUUACAUUAAACGCUCCUCGCAGAAAGUUUGAUGGCGGUUCUAUCUUUGACGAAAAGGAUCGCUUUAGGAAUGAAUCGGAGGGGGCGCCUUCAUUGUGCGAGGCUUUCGUUCAGCCUUGCACUACAGAGACACGUCUAGGCACCCAGUAUCGGGACGGGCGAAAAGAGGCAAGCUUCUUCAAUACUCCUCUCUCAAAUGUUACAGACUUGAACUCCCCAGAAGUGAAACAAUCGAGCAAUAGCAACAUAGAGAGACGGAUUAAAGAAAUAACAGAUGAGUUUGAUCAUGAGUUGUCCGAAAACAGUUCUAAUUAUCUGCAAAUAGUGUCUUUGGCUAUACCUUCGAACAACAGACAUUUAGCUUAUGAAAACAGUUGCAGGGAACCAAUAGCACCGAAAUCAUCCACAAAUAGCGGACAAGCCAAGCGUUUGAAGAAACAGACUAACUCACUGCACAGGUUUGAAGCCUAUAACCUACCAGACAACGCCAGAGGUUUAACUUCUAUCCUACACAAUUCAAGUCUUGAAAACGAACAUAGACGCACAUUAGUCCUAAGAUCUAGAACCAGAAGUAUGAUUACCGAUUCUUACAAACGCAAGCCGGAAUCACUCCCUCUUUCCAGCAAGGCAGAGAAUACUCAUUUGGGUAGUUACAACUAUAACUUACAGUCCCUGCACCCGGUCUACGAAUUGAACAGUAAUAGCGGACAUUUGCCUUAUAGUGAUAAAAUGGAGUUUUUAUACAUGAAUAACACGCUGCAUAAGAACAAUGUUAACGCUUCCAAUCUAGAAGUAAAUCUUAAUUCAGUUAUAGGAGAAAAGAGAACGUUAGACCAAGAAAGCCGCAAUAGACCACCUUUACCGUUGACUUUAGCUUCAAAACCAAGGGAUACAAACAUUGAAGACUUACGCGUUCGACCGUUGGGCAUGCCGUCUUCUCUUCCUCGGGGAUCGGCGAUUCCCAGUGAGGGGAAGAACAAAAAUCAACGUUUCAGCUCAUCAACAUGGCGAGAUGCCGUUUCCAACGCCUUGCGUGAGGGGAUGUCGACCAACUGGCCAAGUUCUGCAUCGAACACCAGCAGCUCAACUUUAACCAUGAACCCUUACGGUGAGACUAGAACAGUUGCUCCGUCUGACGGGAAAGGCAGCGGUGUCGCACGCGAAGGACAGUUCAGCACACUGAAGGAUGAGGUCUAUCUGACGCUCACUGCUGUGUACAGUAUGGGGGUACGAGUGACAAGGGCAAUCAUGGGGCGCCAACUCGAAGUUAUUCGAUCCCCGUAACUGAUUACUUUGUUUACUUACUCAAUUACUACGCUAACGAGAACUAAAAGAUGUAAAUGUCAAGUGUAUCAUUCAAUAGUCUGACGCAUGCCUCGUUAGCUAUAAGUAUUGAUGUCUUCUUUAAUAAACAUAUAUCCUUAGUUUUUA